AUGAGCGAAGUCACGUGGUUUGGGCCGGCCUUAGCCCUGCUGAUGGGACUCCUGGCCAUACCCGCCGUCCAGGCACAGUACGUGCAGCUAUAUGGUGCUGGUCCCGAGCCGUAUCCAAGGAACCUGCAGCGGAGCCUCCCAUCCAUGAGUGGAGCAGAAUUGCAAAAUUUGCUGCAGUGGUUACUGCGAGACGCCGCUUUGCUACGCAAACGCUCGCCAGACAACGGUGACGGGCAGGAUGCGAUUCCUCCCGGUUUUGUCGGUGCCCGGGGUCGGCGUCAAGACGGGGUACAAGAGCAGCCACCGGGAUUCGUGGGCGCUCGCGGCAAGCGUGGCUCGGAGCUGCCACUGUUACUAGCUGGUCUCGCUGACGCAGGAGGCGAAGCGCCCAGAGCGCAGGUGGACAGGCCGCUCGGCUCGCAAUAAACGACCCAGCCGACUCCAGUUCUGUAUUGCAAAAGCGGACCUGCGUUACAGUUAUGCUUUGCUAUACCUGUCCGAAGUGGAGGAGACAGGUACUCUUCUUUUACCUCUCCUCGGGGGCAUUUCCUGAAAUGUGCGAAUAAAAAUGAAAUGACUAUAGACGUCACCGAAUGCAAGAGAAUUCCGGCUAGUGCCGCCGCCAGUACGGUGCAAGUAAACAAUAAAAA